GCGCGCUCUUAGUCAAACUUUACUUGUCACUGGAGCAGGGACGAGCGGGCGUCCCCCCCACCCACCCGCUUCCCAGCGCGCUGUUGCGGCCCCAGAACUUCUGCGCACAGCCCAGGCUAACCCUGCGUGAAGUGACCGACCGUUCUAUGACUGCAAAGAUGGAAACGACCUUCUACGACGAUGCCCUCAACGCCUCGUUCCUCCAGUCCGAGAGCGGCGCCUAUGGCUACAGUAACCCUAAGAUGCUGAAGCAGAGCAUGACCUUGAACCUGGCCGACCCGGUGGGCAAUCUGAAGCCGCACCUCCGCGCCAAGAACUCGGACCUCCUCACGUCGCCAGACGUUGGGUUGCUCAAGCUUGCCUCACCCGAGCUGGAGCGCCUGAUCAUCCAGUCCAGCAACGGGCACAUUACCACCACGCCGACACCCACCCAGUUCUUGUGCCCCAAGAACGUGACCGACGAGCAGGAGGGCUUCGCCGAGGGCUUCGUGCGCGCCCUGGCCGAACUGCAUAGCCAGAACACUCUGCCCAGCGUCACGUCCGCGGCGCAACCGGUCAGCGGGGCGGGCAUGGUGGCUCCCGCGGUGGCCUCAGUAGCGGGCGCCGGCGGCGGCUACAGCGCCAGCCUGCACAGCGAGCCUCCCGUCUACGCCAACCUCAGCAACUUCAACCCGGGUGCGCUGACCAGCGGCGGCGGGGCGCCCUCCUAUGGCGCUCCCGGGCUGGCCUUUCCAUCGCAGCCCCAGCAGCAGCAGCCCCAGCAGCAGCCGCCUCAGCCGCCCCACCACUUGCCCCAACAGAUCCCGGUGCAGCACCCGAGGCUGCAGGCCCUGAAGGAAGAGCCGCAGACGGUGCCCGAGAUGCCGGGAGAGACGCCGCCCUUGUCCCCCAUCGACAUGGAGUCUCAAGAGCGGAUCAAGGCUGAGAGGAAGCGCAUGAGGAACCGCAUCGCUGCCUCCAAGUGCCGGAAAAGGAAGCUGGAAAGGAUCGCCCGACUAGAGGAAAAAGUGAAAACCUUGAAAGCGCAAAACUCGGAGCUGGCGUCCACGGCCAACAUGCUCAGGGAACAGGUGGCACAGCUUAAACAGAAAGUCAUGAACCACGUUAACAGUGGGUGCCAACUCAUGCUAACGCAGCAGUUGCAAACGUUUUGAGGACAGACUGUCAGAGCUGAGGGGCAAUGGAGGAAAAAAAAAAUAACACAGAGACAGACUUGAGAAUUUGACUGGUUGCGA